CUUACAGCUGAGUCUAUGUCAACGUCUUCCUCCUCCCUUUGGUCUAAUAGGACAUUCGAAAAAUGGAAAUCGUUAUGCACCUAUGGCAUGGUUAGAGACCCCAGAUGAAUUCCGAGGCAACAUUGAAAGUCGCUACAUACCAUCGGUUUCCAGCCCUCCUUUGGCUCAUCCAGCCCACCCUGCCAAAGUAUGAGGCAGGCGUCCACCAGCUCCGCGAAAACAUACCAAAUGAACGGCUCGGGCAAUCGUUUCACCCGGCUCCAGGCAUGCUCAUCCGCCAGCUCGAAUCGGUCCUGCAUGGCCCCGAACAGAUCGCCUUUCGCGCACAGUUCAAGAUACAAUCUGUACCGCCGCCGCCGCAUCAUUAACCUGUAUCCUCGAUGGCGAAUAAGACUACGAUGGGAGACACCGCUCCGCGUGCUAUCGACUAUCUUGUGGAUGCGGAUUUCACGCGGAAGUCUACCACGCCAUUCUCGUGGGUGCUCCCCUAGCGUGGCGGUA